AUGCGCAUCCUGAUGGUUGGCUUGGAUGCUGCAGGCAAGACCACCAUCCUCUACAAGCUGAAGCUGGGUGAGGUCGUUACGACCAUCCCCACCAUCGGCUUUAACGUAGAGACCGUCGAGUACAAGAAUUUGUCCUUCACUGUUUGGGACGUGGGCGGUCAGGACAAGAUCCGUCCUUUGUGGCGCCACUACUACCAGGGUACCAACGGUCUCAUCUACGUCGUCGACAGCAAUGAUCGCGACCGCAUCGAGGAUGCCCGUGAGGAACUCACCAAGAUGCUGAAUGAAGAUGAGAUGCGUGACGCCGUGCUGCUGGUCUUUGCCAACAAGCAGGACCUUCCCAACGCAAUGACGGCCGCAGAGGUCACGGAGAAGCUGGGGCUGCACAACCUCCGUCACCGCCAGUGGUUCAUUCAGUCCGCCUGCGCCACCACCGGCGACGGCCUCUACGAAGGAUUGGACUGGCUGUCUCGCACGCUCUCUUCCAAGCGCUAG